UCGGAUGCUGAUUGGGCAGGAUGUCCUGAUGAUCGACGAUCAACUAGUGGAUUUGCUGUGUUCCUUGGAGUAAAUUUGAUUUCAUGGAGUUCAAGAAAGCAAGCUACAGUGUCCAGGUCAAGUACAGAGGCAGAGUACAAAGCCAUUGCAAAUCUAACUGCAGAAAUGAUCUGGAUCAAAUCAUUACUAAAGGAGCUUGGAGUGUAUCAAUCAAAGGCUCCUCGUCUCUGGUGUGAUAAUUUAGGAGCUACAUACUUGACUUCAAAUCCGAUGUUUCAUGCCAGAACGAAACAUAUUGAAGUUGACUUCCAUUUUGUUCGAGAGCAAGUGGCACGCAAGGCAAUGGAAGUUCGAUUCAUUUCAUCAAGUGAUCAAGUAGCUGAUAUUCUGACCAAACCACUGUCUAGAUAUCCUUUUAUUACUCAUUGUAACAAUCUCAACAUAUCCAGAACUUGUUGUGAUUGAGGGGAGCUGUUAGAAUUAGUCAAAUAACUGUUAUGUAAGUGGAGUAAGAUAAUGCACCAGUUGGUCCUUAGAAAUAGGAUCGUGGUGAUAAUGGAACCAUGUUUUUCUAUGUAAUCAGUUGAAUCAAUCUCAAUAUAAAUAGAACUGCUCUCUAUCGAGAGUUGUGUGGUUGGUAUAAUCAUUUCAAACAUAACUUGCAUAAAAUUUAAUAGAAGGGAGAAAAUCUUGAGAAUAUUUGCAUAAGGGCCUAGAUUUCAAAGUUAGAGAAAACCAUGAUAUAAAUUUGCAGUCAUGGAGAAAUUUAUCUGGUUGCAGCUCUCAGGUGGUGAUAAUCAUCCUCUUAGGAAGAUGAAGGGCAAACACAUCUUGUAAUGAGCUCAGCUGAUUAUAAGAUAAAAGGUGGUGAUUAUAUUCCUAAAAUAUCAGAUGUCUUUUGAGUCUUCCUGGGUUUCUUUCACCUCACUCUACCGGGAGUGUCUUAAUUAACUGGUUUAGGAAUUGGGAUUUUGUUGUUGUGUGUGCAGCCGGGGGGGUGUGGAAGGAGGGGAAGAGGGAGUUUGGUUGCUACCUUACUCCAUUUCGGUUUUCUUACUUCUUCUGGUUUGACCCUUUUUUGCUUUGUGAUAACAUAACUUGCAUAAAAUUUAAUACAAGGGAGAAAAUCUUGAGAAUAUUUGCAUAAGGGCCUAGAUUUCAAAGCAAGAGAAAACCAGGAUAAAAACUUGCAGCCAUGGAGAAAUUUGUCUGGUUGCAGCUCUCAGGUGGUGAUAAUCAUCCUCAUAGGAAGACAAAGGGCAAUUGUUCUUGUAAUGAGCUGAGCUGAUUAUAAGAUAAAAGGAAAAAAGAAAAAAAGAAAGAAAGAAAGUAGUGGAUGCCAUUUUGAAUCUGAAAACUGUCUGGUUUUGCAGUUGAUUUCCAGAGAAGUUCUGAUAGAGGACCUCCUAUAUAUUCCAGAGGGCUUUUUUUAUUCUCAAAGUUUCUAAUAAACAUAGCAGUAUGUGCUUUUAACUUGCAUAUAUGUUUAUUUGUGUUGCAGAUGACCUUAAUUGCAAAGUUAAAUAAUCCAUAUAUCGUGGAAUAUAAAGAUGCUUGGGUUGACAAGGGGAACUAUGUCUGUAUUGUAACUGGCUAUUGUGAAGGAGGGGACAUGGCUGAUAUUAUUAAGAAGGCGAAAGGAGUCUUUUUCCUGGAAGAGAAAAUCUGCAAAUGGCUAACUCAGUUGUUGCUAGCUGUGGACUACUUGCAUUCUAACCGUGUUCUCCACAGAGACCUUAAGUGCUCAAACAUAUUCCUCACGAAGGAAAGUGAUAUCCGGCUUGGUGACUUCGGUCUUGCAAAACUACUCAACACUGAAGACCUUGCUUCCUCGGUUGUUGGGACUCCGAAUUACAUGUGUCCUGAGCUCCUCGCAGAUAUACCAUAUGGCUAUAAAUCAGAUAUAUGGUCCCUUGGAUGCUGCAUGUUUGAGAUUGCAGCACAUCAACCGGCAUUCAGAGCUCCAGAUAUGGCUGGACUAAUCAACAAAAUAAACAGAUCAAUCAUUUCACCACUCCCAAUUGUGUAUUCCCCCACAUUGAAACAGAUUAUCAAAAGCAUGCUAAGGAAGAAUCCUGAACACAGACCAACAGCUUCAGAACUGUUAAGGCAUCCACAUUUGCAACCAUUUCUUCUCCGAUGUCGGAACUUUUCUUCUGUGUAUCUUCCAAUAAAGCCCACAAACAGCCCGAGGGAAAAAACUGGAAGAAAAUCGUUCUCUAACAAACCUAGUGGUGGCAAAGACAAGGGAAGCAGAGAUUAUUCUGCCAAAUCACUGCAGUUUGGAAAUGCAGAUCAAUUUCAGCAAAAUGCAGAUGAGCGUCCAAGUAGCUCAUCUCAUAGUGACAAACAAACUUCUACAUCAAGCAUAGAAGACAAUCUUGAGACAAAAAGGGUUGAUCCAACUAGCUGUAGCUCAGAAAUAGCCGAUAUUACUGAUAAUCCAAAGGAAACAUCUGCUGAUCUGGAAACUGGAAUUUGCAAUUCAGAAAAGCAAGCUGGUCUCAGCAGCAUACCCCAGGAGGAUGGUGCUUGCAUCCAGUCUACCUCAGAGACUGAAACUAAUUCUCGGCAUGAAGAACAAAAGAAACCGUCAGCUAAGGAUCUUCAAGAAAUCCGAGAGGUUGAUGACAAGGCCAUAUCUGCUAAAGAAGAAGAAACAUUCAGUUGCCAACAAGUCAAUGAAGGAGCCGAAACAGAAAGUGAGUAUGCUUCACCAGAGAAUUCCAGGAAAUUAUCAAUAUCCAGUGUGGACCAUACCACAAAUCAUGGGUUGAUUGAUGAUGAUAAGAGUACAUCAUCAACCAUAUUUGAACCUGACAUGGAGCCCAGGUCCUGCUCAGAUAAAAUACAGAAACCGGUAACAUGUACCGAAGGUGCUCAUAUAGACAGCUUUUCAUCCGAAAGUAAUGUUAUUCUUGCAUCUGGAACUGAAGUAGGAUCAGGAGCAGAUCAAAAUAGUUGCCCUGUGGAAAAAGAGAAAGAUGACGGCAAUGCAAUUACUCUAACGUCAAGCCAAAUAUCGUUGUUGAGUACACUUUCCGCAAUGGUUGGUGAUGAAAACAAGACAGACUGGGAAAACCCGAGUCAGCAAAGAGCCGACGCUUUAGAGUCGUUGCUGGAGCUAUGUGCAAGGCUACUUAAACAGGACAAAUUUGAAGAGCUGGCCGGUGUGCUGAGGCCAUUUGGAGAGGAAGUUGUAUCAUCCAGGGAAACUGCAAUUUGGUUGACAAAGAGCCUGAUAUCUGCACACAAGUUCAAUGGAGAAACCUAGUUGAUUGCCAUUAAUUUAUUAAUUAUAUUGUGAAAUAAUGUGUUUUUGCUUUUAGAUUUCUUUACCCCCAAAAAAAAAAAAAAGAACAAGCUUGUUGAUUAAAUUUCUGAGUGACUUGAUUGAGGAUUAGAGGCUUUAUAAACAGGGGUAUCCUGCAGGUUGCUUCACUCACCAUGUUCAUCCAUCCAUGGAAAUAAACUUUUACCUUCCUCAGA